GUUUUUGUAAGUCUAUACUGAGAGUCAAGUACUUCAAUUACACCACAAGAACCGAAGAGCUAGCUGUAAAUAGGACACCUCAGCUGGUGGUGCAGAACAAAUGGAAACCAACUCCUCCACCCAUCUGAAUGGAUCAGAAGUGGUGGUCUAUGAUUCUACAAUCUCCAGAGUUCUGUGGAUCCUCUCGAUGGUGGUUGUCUCCAUCACCUUUUUCCUUGGCGUGCUGGGCAAUGGACUAGUGAUCUGGGUAGCUGGAUUCCGGAUGCCACACACUGUCACCACUAUCUGUUAUCUGAAUCUAGCUUUGGCUGACUUCUCUUUCACAGCAACUCUACCAUUCCUCCUCGUUGAAAUAGCUAUGAAAGAAAAAUGGCCAUUUGGCUGGUUCCUGUGUAAAUUAGUGCACAUUGUGGUAGUCAUAAACCUAUUUGGAAGUGUCUUCCUGAUUGCUGUCAUUGCCUUGGACCGGUGUAUUUGUGUCCUGCAUCCAGUCUGGGCUCAGAACCACCGCACUGUGAGCCUGGCUAGGAAGGUGGUUGUUGGGCCCUGGAUUAUAGCUCUGAUUCUCACUCUGCCCAUUUUUAUUUUCAUGACUACAGUCAGAGUUCCUGGAGGGGAUGAGUACUGUACAUUCAGCUUUGGAUCCUGGGCUAAAACUGCUGUAGAAAAGGUGAACGCAGCUAUCAUUUUUUCAACGACUAGAGGGAUCAUCAGGUUCGUCAUUGGCUUCAGCAUGCCCAUGUCCAUCGUUGCGGUAUGCUAUGGACUCAUCGCUUUCAAGAUCCGCAGAAGAGCCCUUGUUACUUCCAGCCGUCCCUUACGAGUCCUUACAGCAGUUGUGGCUUCCUUCUUUAUCUGUUGGUUUCCCUUUCAACUGGUGGCCCUUUUGGGCACUAUCUGGUUCAAAGAGAUGCUGUUUAGUGGUGAUUAUAAAAUACUUGACAUGUUGCUUCACCCAACCAGCUCCUUGGCCUACUUCAAUAGCUGCCUCAAUCCGAUGCUCUAUGUUUUCAUGGGCCAGGACUUCCGGGAGAGACUUCUUCAUUCCCUGCCUUCUAGUCUUGAGAGAGCCCUGAGUGAGGACUCUGGCCCAACCAGUGAUACAGUCACCAGUUCUGCUUCACCUCCUGCAGACACUGAGAUGAAGGCAAAAUGAAGAUUGGGAUGAGGGAUGCUUUCUUCCACCUUAGUCCCAUUCCACUUUUGUCUUACCCUAUGUUGUGCCUUAGAGCAUUUUUAAUCUGAAAAAAUACUUCUGUGUCCCCUGAGUCUUGGAAAUGAAAUAAAAGUCAAAGUUAAUAUA